UAUUGUCAAGUAAAAUGUUGUACCAUUCUGUAAUGACAUCAAGAACGUAACAAUGGCUGAAAACGAGAACUGGGCGUCAUUUCCUCCUCCAAAUGCUAAUGAUAACGAUGAUGAUGACUGGGCAGACUUUGGUGGCUUUGAGACGGCAACACCUGUGGCAGACCCUCAACCAGGCAACAAUGCAACUGGUCUGAUUUCAUGGGCAGCUCUUUCAACGGUACCUCAAGCAACAACUGAAACAGGAUUGCCAUCUCAACCUGCAACUACCUUUGUAGAACAGAGUCCAUGGUCUGCCACAUUUCAGUCAGAAGGUCCUGGAGACAUCUUACCAAAUACAACAGAAGUUGUUGAUCUAUCUUUAUCUCCCUCAAACUUUGAGAGUAUCUCUACUGCAAAUUCAAAUGGGCAAGAGCAGUUGACUGAAUUAACAAAAGAAUUGAACCAUCAAAGAGAAGAGAGAGACAGAGCUUCACAACUUGCAGAUGACUUAAAAACCAAACUAUCACUAGCUGAACAAGAAAAGAUGAAAUUCAAAAAGGAUCUUGAAGAACUAACGAAUAAAAACCAUCUUCUUGAGAUGGAAUCAACAGAGACAAAAGAGAUGUUGAAAAUACAAAAGCAAACGUAUGCUGAUCUCCAGGAAGAACACACAAAGCAGAUAAAAGAGAUUCGACAAGCAGGGCAUGAUGCGUUAGGCAUUAUUGUUGAAGAAUACAAGGAACUGUGUAAACAAGCAGUACUCGAACAACAAGAAAAGAGUCAGGCAGAACUUCAUUUGUUUUUGGAAAAUGAAAGGCAAAAGUUUAAAGAAACUGUUUUGCAACAGCAAGAAAGCUUUGAGAAGUCACUGUCAGAGGAAAGGGCCAACAAUGAGGAGAGGAUUAAAGAUGUGUUACAAGCAGAGCAGGAAAAACACAAGUUAUUAUUAGAAUCCUCUGUAAGCAAAGCACAAGAAGAGAUGAAGUCAGAGAUUAUGUCAAUAGCAGAGAAAACGACAGAAGAAGGAAAGAUUGCUGUGAAAGAAGCAGUUGCAAAAGAAAGGGAAUUACACCAGAAAGCAAUGGAAGACAUGAAAACUCUUUUACAAGAAGAGAGAGAAAAAUUUAAGAUUUCACUAGAAGAAGCACUCUUCAAAGAAAAAGAAAAGAGCAAGGUACCACUAUUGUAGAGCUGUUGCUGGCUGCUGCAACAGUAGAAUUUUUUCGCAGGGCCGUAGCUAGGGGGGAGCACAGGGUGCACAUGCACCCCCCCAUCAGUGCAAAAAAGUCCGCUUUUAUCAACAUUUCAUUUUUCAAUCACGAAAAAGAGUCGCAAUGUUACUUAUAGGUCCGUUUUUUAUUUGAUGUGCCCCCUCCGAUAAAUCUUCUGGCUAUGGCCCUGGUGUGGUACAGUAUCAUAGUCUACCUAGUGGGAUAGUGUACCUAGUGCGGUACAGUAUCAUAGUCUACCUAGUGCGAUAGUGUACCGAGUGAGGUACAGUAUCAUAGUCUACCUAGAGUGAUAGUGUGCCGUGUUCGGUACAGCAUCAUAGUAU